ACCCGGCAGGAGCCUCCGCCGCCGCACGAGGCGCCCGCGCCGCGCCGCACGGUCCGCCUGGAGCUGGUGCUGAAGGACCCGACCGAGGAGGGCUGCGUGGAGUUCAGCUACCCCGAGCUGCUACUGUGCGGGGACCCGCGGAGAAAAUCUGCCCACUCAGAAGAUCUAUUUAAUGAUGAACAGCAUGAACGGCAUGAGGUGGAAAUGCUGGCCAAGAAGUUUGAGGCAAAAUAUGGUGGGAAGUCUCACAAGCAUCGGAAGGAUCGCCUGCAGGAUCUGAUCGAUAUAGGCUAUGGCUAUGAUGAAACAGACCCUUUCAUUGAUAAUUCUGAAGCUUAUGAUGAAUUGGUUCCUGCUUCUCUAACAACCAAAUAUGGAGGGUUUUACAUCAACACUGGGACGCUGCAGUUCCGUCAGGCAUCUGAUUCAGAGGAUGAAGACUUUGUAGAAGACAAAAAGCACAGGUCACCUAAAGUAUCCAAGCUAAAAGAAGGAGAGGACCAUGGGAUGAAGAAGCGCAAGAGGAAAGAGGAAGGGACAGAGAAGGAGAAAAAGCCUCGAAAAAUGAAAGUUCCUAAGCAGUUGGGAGUAAUAGCCUUGAAUUCACACAAGUCUGAGAAGAAGAAGAAGAAGUUGUACAAGGACUCGCUUUCUCUUGCUGCCAUGCUCCGGAAGUUCCAGAAGGAGAAGGAAGCCUUGAGGCAGAAAGAAUCCAAUCCAAAAACUCCAGUGACUGUUGCAACCUCCACCUCCAUCUCCGCGCCUAAUAAACCUCCUUCCUGCUCUGCCAGCACUGGAAAUGAUGUCUCUGACUUGAACCUCAGGGUCCCUGAUCCUGUCCUCUCCAUUUUUGGUAGCACAAGUGAGCGUGAGCUCUUGCAGGAAGCUGAAAGUGCUCUGGAGAUGUUGGGAGAUAUUGACUUUGACAAGCUGCUUGAUGGCGCCUCUGAUGGCAGCCCAGUGUCUGAGCUGUCAGGAGAAAAUGGAAAUGCCACUCAGCCAACCCAAACCUCUCAGGUCAUGACACCCAAGCAGGUGCCUGCCCUCCCAGAAGGUCUGCCUGUACUACUUGAAAAACGCAUUGGAGACCUUCGAAUAGCUGCCAAGUUGUUUGAUGAAGAAGGCAGGAAGAAAUUUUUCACACAGGACAUGAACAAUAUUCUGCUGGAUAUUGAGCUACAGUUACAGGAGAUAAAUCCUGCCAUCCGCAAUGGAGUGUACUCCCACCUUGAGGCUUUUGUGCCAUGCAAUAAGGACACACUGAUAAAGCGUCUGAAGAAGUUGCACCUCAAUGUCCAGGACGACCGUUUGAGGGAACCACUGCAAAAGCUGAAACUGGCUGUCAGCAAUGUCAUGCCUGAACAGUUAUGCAAAUACCAGGAAGACUGCCAGGCCCGCAGUCAAGCCAAAAAUGCGAAAUUGCUAGCAGAAGAUGAACGAGAGAAGAAUGGGUCAGAGGAAGAUGAUGAUGAGAAGCCAGGAAAGAGGAUUGUGGGGCCAAGAAAGAAAUUCCACUGGGAUGAUACCGUGAGAGCUUUGUUGUGUAACCUUGUCAAGAUCAAGCUGGGAUGUUACGAACUAGAGCCAAAUAGAAGUCAGUCUCCGGAGGAUUACCUCAAGACCUUUAUGGAAACAGAAGUGAAACCGCUCUGGCCUAAAGGCUGGAUGCAGGCUAGGAUGCUCUUUAAAGAAAGCCGAAGCGUUCACAAUCAUCUCACUUCUGCUCCGGCAAAGAAGAAGGUGAUUCUGGCACCUAAACCCAAAGUGAAGGACUCAAGUCCAAAGAAAGAGCAGAAAACCUGUGCAUCUUCAGUGACUUCAACUUGUGCUACAACAUUGAAUUCCAGCACGUCUGUCAGUACUCCAAACAGCUCUAUCUGUACACCAGCUCCAGAAACCAUUUGCCUGGAUGACUCACUGGAUGAAGACCUCUCUUUCCACCCACCCUCACUGGAUUCUAUUUCUGAUGCUUUGGCAGUUAUCAACAAUGGAGCAAAGGGCUCUCCUCUUGGGUCCGCUAUCGACACACCAACCUCAAGACCUCGCCCUGGGCUAAGGGAAGAAAAGCUAGCAAGCAUAAUGAGUAAGUUGCCUCUAGCAACCUCAAAGAAAGUAGAGUCAGCUCAGACUCCACAUUCAUCAAGUCUUAUUGCUGGUCACACGGGGCCAGUACCAAAGAAACCCCAAGAUUUGGUUCACACUGGCAUCUCUUCAGGCCUUAUUGCUGGAUCUUCAAUUCAAAACCCUAAGGUUUCCUUAGAGCCUUUGCCAGCCAAACUACUUCAGCAAGGACUACAGAGGUCAAGCCAGAUCCAAGCUGCUUCCUCUUCUUCACAGACCCAUAUUUCUUCUUCCUCCUCCAAGGCUCAAGCAGCUACUUCCACCCCCCCUCAGAGGCCCAAGGAUGCUGCUGUCCUAGUAUCUUCUUCAGAGGCCCAAGGUGGUUCUUCCUCAACGUUACAGGUGACAAAGGUGCACCAGCAUUCAGCUGUCCAACAGAAAUAUGUGUCUCCUCUACAAGCAACUAUUAGUAAAUCGCAGACCAACCCAGUGGUGAAAUUGAGUAACAAUCCCAAACUCUCCUGUUCAUCCCCAGUCAUGAAGACUCCAGAUAAGCCAGUAGUAUAUCGGCUUCCUUUGUCUAACCCCUCAUCUGGAAGCGGCUCUCAAGUAUCCCACCCACUGGUUUCUCGGACAACAUCCAGCACCUCUACCUCUACUAACUAUUUAGCCAAGGCUAUGGUAUCGCAGGUUUCUUCCCAGGGUUUCAAGCCUCCAUUCACCAUGGCUGCUUCUCCUAAACCUGCGGCCUCUCCCAAACCCACUUCGUCCAAACCCUCUGUGACGCCCAAGCCCACUGCAUCACCUAAAUUCUCAUCUAAAUCCACCUCAUCCCCCAGGCCCACAACAACACCCAGUUCUUCCAGUUCAAGUGCACUAGUAUCCCAGAGUAGUCACUCCAGCAACAGUCCCCUUCAUAAACAGACCAGCGGAGUAAAUAUCAGCAGGCAGUCUCCCACAAUGAACUUGUUGCCCUCUAGUCGCACCUCAGGCCUCCAACCUACAAAAAACCCUCAGGCCUCUUCAAAAUUGCCCAACUCUUCUCCCUCUGGAACUGUUGGCAAAAAUAACUUGAGUGGCGUCGGAAUGAAUGUACCUGCCAGCAGAGGCAGUAAUCUUAACUCAAGUGGAGCUAGUAGGACUAGUCUGUCUGGGGGAGCAGGAAGUGGAACACAGGGUGCUACUAAACAGUUGUCAACUCCACACAGACCAUCUUCUGCCUCAGGGUCUCCAGUUGUAGCAGCCACCGUGCAGUCAACAGCAGGAGCAUCAUUAUUGGCAAAUGCCUCACCUCUGACUCUCAUGACAUCACCACUGUCCGUAACCAAUCAGAAUGUGACGUCUGCACCAUUGACUCCUUUUGGGAUGCUGGGUGGCCUUGUUCCUGUGACCGUUCCCUUCCAGUUUCCCUUGGAGCUACUUGGCUUUGGGGCAGACACAGCUGGAGUGACAACCACCUCGGGAUCUACCUCAGCGGCUUUCCACCACAGCCUAACUCAGAAUUUAUUGAAGGGUUUACAGCCAGGUGCUCAGCAUGCAGCGACGCUGUCCCAUUCACCUCUGCCUGCUCACUUGCAGCAAACUUAUACAGAUGGAGGCCAAAGCAAAGGGGACACUAAACUACAGCGGAAAACCCAGUGACUUCUGGAUGAACAAGGGAGCUGAAGUAGUUCUGAUUGGCUGAUGGAAUUUGCCCAGUUGGGAAAGUGCUUACAUGGUCACAGGGCUGCUGUAUUUGUCAAUGUUUACAUACUCCGAUCCCAAGCACUGUGGUGAGAAGAAGAAAAAGAAAACAGUACUUGAUCAAAAAGAGAAGGAAAAGGAGGAUGGUCCUUCCUGGUCAUGCAGACUGGUCAUAGUUGGAUUUUUGCCGUAAAGAAACCAAUCUUUUUUUAUCCACUCUGAUUGGCUCUAAAAAAAAUGUUAGUUGUCAAACCCACAGCGGCACAAAGUUUACUUUCUGGGUAAUGUCCAGUGAUGAGGAAGCACAAGGGAAGCUGGAGUAGAUUUCUCCAUCCAGUUUUGGGGCUGGGGUCAUCCACUCAGCAAGAGCAGGAUGCUAGUAAGAGUAUGCAUCAGUCCUGAACAUACUGUAUGGCUGCAGACUAGAGGUGGUUUCUGCUUGGAUGGUCUGUGGAGUAAAUAAGAAACUUCCUUAUGGAUACAAACAAAGCUUCUGAUUUGAACGUUUGUCCAACAUUACCUCUUUGGAAGAGCGUAGCAAAUACAGGCUCUGAGUUUUGUGGGGCCUCUGCUAACGCAGUUUCAUUAAUCCCCAGACAACUCCCUUUCAAAGUGAUAUUCAUGGUAGAGAGGCAAGAGAAGAAUUAAGGGGGAUCCUAGUAAUCCCUGGGAUAUUUUAGCAUAGAAUAGAGUGUAUGUCGGGGUAGAAUAUAUCUCCUUACAGAAAAGGAAGAAAAAUGUUGUUCGUUUAGCUUGAGAGCUCUUCUCAGACCUUUUUUUGGAAGAUGGACACUCUGGUUUUCCACCCUUAUAAAUUUGCUUCACUUCUUCAAUUGGUUCCUUGAGCUUCUCUGCUAUUAUUAAAGUGAAGAAACACCCAGUUCUCAUCCUUUUUAAACCCAAGGUCAAUUCCUCAUCUUCUGGAUUUACUUCCUCUUUCAUACAAGUAUUCCCAAAAGCCACACACCACAGUAACCCAUCAGCUAAGGAGAGCUGGAUGUGACUUAUUUCAGAGACAAGUUAAUACUGCUUCAGGCAUUAGCCAAAGAGGAGUCGUUCAAAAGCGACCUCGGGUGCCUUCUCUUCCUGGGGCUGAAUGCAUUGUCUCUCCAGCAUUCCUAGCCCCUGCUGGCCUGGGGAGCUCAUGGCCUGAACUCUUUCCUGCUUGGUAACUCAGGAUUGCAAGGCUGGCUUUCCUUUUUGGAUAGCAAUAUCUUGGGUGGUUCAUUUGUACAUUUAGGAAAUAUUCAGCACAAAUUGCACUUUCAGCAGUAGGACAGAGGAGGUUCUUAGGUCAAAACUUUACUGUUGUGUCUUUUUUUUCUGUGAAAGGUAAGAUAAGCAUGGCAGGAAUUGGAGUAAAAAGGUUUUCAGGAUCACUGAAGCUAGAACAUCAGUCCCUGAUCUGAUGCCCUUUCUCUUUCAAACCUAAAAUGUCACUGUGACCAGAGAUACUGAAAUUUCUAGUCUGUUUUGUGCAUGCAUGCACACGCGCGCUCCCUCUCUCUCUCUCUCAUAGUUAUGAUCUGAGAUUGAACCUGUAAUUACUUAUUGCCUCACCUGCCCAGUACAGACUUUGGUCCCUGGAUAUUAAAUCUCUUGAUACUUUUUGCUAUACUAACUUUUAGUUUUCAAUUCCCUUUGACAUGCGUGAAUUAUUUUUCUUACAAAGACCAGACAACAUUUUUUCUACUUAGAUCUCACUUUAAUUUUAUAUAUAAAUAUAUAUAUAUAUAUAUAAACAAUAACUUAAAGUAAUAUAUUGUGUAUAUAGUAUAAAAGGAAUGUUGGGUUGAGCCCAAUGAUAAAUGUUUUUGCACAAAACUUUUGUGAAAAAUAGCCUGAAUCCUCCUAGUCAGAUGAAAAUUCUCCAGAGUAUAGAAUACCAUAAAUUAUUCAGAAGGUACUAUACAAGUUGUGCUUUUUGUUUUAUCUUUUUCCCCAGAAGGGGAUAAAGAAAGAAGACAUUUUCAAGCCAGAAAUUUUUUGAUGAGGUAUUAACUCUGAGUUGUCUAAUAUAUCACAUACUUUUUAAUAAUGCAUGUAGCAGGGGAAUUGCAGUGGACAACUAUCAUACAGCAAUAUGUGGAAACAACCACCCUACCCCAAAAGAGCUCUACCCUCUUCUGUAGUUCCUUCAUCAUGGUGUCUCAUUUAAAUUGCUGUCCUUCACUUUUGCAUUCUGACAUGAGAUUCUAGAUCUGAUAAAAGGUACACAGUUGGAAGUCCUAGAGUUUGAAGGCUUUUAUCCUAACAGCACAGAUGGUGACAGCACAAAUUUCCUUUGCCCCACCUCAAGUGUGCCUCAUCUUUAAUCAGGAGGGUUAUCUCUUGAGUGUAAAAGGUAAUUUAGUUUCCAUGGGCCAUUCAGUUUUAGUCCUGUUAGCAGUCUUGACAAGGAAGAACACGGGUUAGCGUGAGUUAUAGACUUGGGCAGUAUGAUGGGAAACAAUAUGGAGAUUACAAACUUUCUUCCUAUAGUCUAUUGAAACUACACCCAGAGGAUAACUAUUUUCAUUCACUACCAGCCUGGAUUACUUUGGAACCAGUAAAGUAUUCUCCACUUGCUUAACCCAGCAAAGCCAGGUCAAAAAGUAACUCUUGAGUGAUUCCCAGGAUCUUUGCAGAAAGAGGGGGAGCAUGAGCAGGAUGGAAAGUGAAGGAUAUUUGUGACAUCCUGAUGCAAAAUUAGGUAACACCCGUCCUGCAGCAUCUUGUUUAAGCUGUUUUUUUUCCCAAGAGUCUUACUACUUUUUAAGGGCCUUUGAUAAUAUAUAUAUAUAUAAUGUAAACUGUUGUAUGUAUUAAAUAACCCUCAGUAUUCACAAGCAAUAAGAAAGCCAGUAGAGCUGUCUUUCUGGGCAGCAGGGCUGAACUUUGGUUUGGGGGCUGAAUGUGAGCUGAUGUCAAGUUCACUCAGCCUCAAACAGAUGCAAGCAAUAAUUUCAAACACAGGUUUUAGAAGUUAACUCCCUUUGGGUAAUGCCUUCUGCUACAUGAUCCAAAGCCCCAAUAGACAUAGCAAUUUUAAAUCCUCUUCGAGAUUUGAAAAGUAUAGAAAGGAGCCAGGCUAGAUGAAGCACAGGCUGCAAGACUUCUGAUCAAUUUGGAUCAUUAUAGCAGUGUUCUCUCCCCCAGAAGGAUGUUGAUGGCCUAAAUCAUUAUUUCAUCCAGCAUUUUAGCUCAAGAAGAUUAAUGAAUAUUGUUGAGUAACCAAGUCACAGGUGUGGAUGCUGUGGGUUUAACAUCUGUUUUCAGCUAAUCAGAAGUGACUUCUAAUUAUCAGAGUUCUGCUUCCUGUCUGAAUCCAGUCAAAGCUGUCAUAUUUUGGGUGGGGCCAGGCACCUGGGCCUUGUUCCCCUCAACCACUCCAGCCACCUGACCCUUCCUCCACCUUCUUCUCCACUUGGUCCGAGAUGAGGACAUGAAAGCAGAGAAAUCCUGCAACUCUCCCAAGCUGCCAUCAAUUGUGUGAACCAUAACCCUCUGGGGGUCACCUUUUAGGACUCCAACUAACUUUACCACAUUUGCUGCUACAUUCAUAAAAUGAACUUUUGGCUGUAUUUAUUAGCAUUUUAAUCUAGUUUACAGUUCUUUUUUUGGAAUAGGUUUUGCCCAUGGGUGGAUUAGAAAUGGGGUGGUGCUUUCUGGGUUUUGGGGUUUUGUUUUUUUUUGCUUUGAGUGCAUUGUUUAAGGCACAGUGGUCCCUUUUUUAUUAUUUUUGGUUGUGAACUUUUUUUGGGAAUGGAAUUGCAGGAAAAAGCAAAACCUGUAGUCAAGCUAAGCUCUGGAAGGUUUCCACCCAGGUCUCCAGUUCCUGGCUUUGUACUUAGGUGGGGUCAGAAUAGGGACACUUGCUGUUUCUGUUAAAUGAACCAGAAGGUAAAAGCAGUAGGUAAAUGACUGGCUAAUUAACACUUUAUGCAACUUUAAUUUUGUAGAAGCUUGUAAAAAAAGUUGGUAGGUUCUGAUUGGUCCUAGCUCUGGUGAAAUGGCUGUUACCCCUCCAAGAGUUACUUGAUUCAGGCCUUUGUCCUUUGUUUAAGUGCCUUUUCUUUAUUUUAUUACCUUCCUCUUCCCCCCCCCCCCAACUCUCCCUCCUUUAAACUGUUCUCAGAGAUCCUAAAGUGCUGAGGAGGCAUUUGGGAGGAAAAAAAAUCUUAAACUUGCCAAGAUGACUUUAUGCUGUUAAACUAUUUUCCCUUUUGUAUAAAGUGUGUAACGUGUAUGUAAUGUUACAGCUGCUGUACCAUGGCAUUCAUUCUGUAUGUUCCCUGAUGCACACAACAGCAUUCUUAAGAAUCCUGUUUUUUCCACUCUGUUCUCUACUGGCUUUAUGACACAUCUUACUUAUGGAAAGUGAAAAUUUGCACCUGAAUGACAGUAUAGCAUGUGUGAGAGAGAGAGAGAGAAAAGAGGUGGUUAGAAGGAAAGGGACUUGAUAUGUUUCCCUCUGAAGAUGUAAAUUUUGAAUCUUGCGUGGGUCAUGAGUUAAGUUUAUUUGAUGGUUCCAAUCUGCCUACAUGUAAAUAUUAAACCACCUCACACACUCACCAUUUGGCACACUUUCCCACAAUUGAUGGCCCUUUUAAAUAGAAUAGACUUGGCUAAAAUAGGUUGCAGUAAUCCUGAAUUGAGCUGUAUUGCAGGAGAGAGACCUCUUAUGGCGUUACUCGCAUCUGCCCUGCUCUAGGUAUUGCUAGGAAUCUUGCUUGAAUUCACCAAAGUUGUUACAACUUCCCAUACAAUAGUUUAUAAAGAGGGGUUUCCUUAUCAAAGUAAAACCUUGCUAUAAUCCAUAAAUUGCCUACAUGUGUCAAAAUGUUUUCUCUCCAACUUUCAGCGAAGAGCUAGAGUUAGAUCUCCAUUAAGAGCUUUUCUUUAUCAAAAGAAUGACAGUACGCUAAGAGCAGCAUAAAAUAGUAUCUUGACGGUGGUGAUCAAAUUAAAUAUUUCUAUGCUUAUUUAGCUAUUAUGUAAUUGGCAAAACUAACAUAUGCAAGGGGGUGUGUAAGGAUUUACUGCAAGUUUGAAAAGUUGUACCAUACUCUGGAAAUAAUUAAACAAAUUUGUCUAGUUUCCAUAUUUAUAAAAAUUUUUUCUAAGAAGUCUGAUUGAAAAGUUGUCUAACAUUGACUACAACCCCAAGAUGCCCAAUAUCAGCAUGAUUAAUAUAUAGUGAUUCUGUGAGGUGCUUUUACUGGGUAGUGCCUUCAUCUUGUUCUGGUUCCAGUGUGGGAAGACAUCUUCUCUUCUAGAAACCAGAUCAGGAAUUGAAUAGAGCUGGUCUCCCAAAUCCUAGAACAAAGAGCAAUACAGCAGAUGGUCUCAUCAGAAGAAAUACCAGUUUCCUUGUCAGAGGAAACUUAAGUUUAACUGAACUGAAAGUCUGUUUGUUUUUUUUUGUAAUAUGUUUUUAAUAAAAAUGUCUAUCUAAAUCAGUGAUCACUGCCAGCACAAAGCAGCCCUGUAGUUGGCUUACUCUGCCACUGAAAGAUCAGCCUGCUUUUGUGCCAUAAACCUUAAGGUUUUCUUUCUGCAAUUCCUCACUUCUGUAACAGUCUUUUAGAACCAAUGGUAGCUGAAGUAACAUAGAAAAGGUCCUGGAGUUGCUCUAAGUUGCACUGAAAAAAACAGCCUGUCUUGCAGCUGCCCCAGAGUUCAGGGGACCACACAAACAUGCUCUACAGUAGUGUUUAUACCCUCCACACUAGUUCUGUGUUGGCUCUUGGCUGUAGCCAGGCAUCAAAAUCUGUACUUUAGUGUCCAGCUAAUAAGUAUAAAGCUAUAGAGCAACUCAUUAGAAAAGGGGAUUUUUAAAAGUGUUCUAUGUUUCUAGAAUGGAAAUUCAGUCCCAUUUUCCCUUACCACCACCACCACCACAAGCAUGUUGAGCAGUAAGCUAAUCGUAAGUUUCUAAUCUUAGUGAAAGAAUCCAAAACAAAUAGUGUAUACUAUCUUUCAAAUAACUUCUGACAGCAUUCAGUACUGAGGGCUUUUGACUCUGUGAUAUGUGCAGGCAUAUUCCAAAAGCAACCUUGGAUGGGUAUUCCUAACUGCCCCAUGCCCAAAAAAAGGUGCAAGAAGGGAAGGACUGUUAACCAAACAAAAUAACUUGGAAGGUACCACCAAGCUGAGUCAAACCCAGCAGCUGGUGAGACACCAAGAGCUUCUUUGGGACUGAUUUAGUUUCCACCAAUUGGGGGGGAAAAGGAAUUUGUUUCUCAGCUUUUUCCAGAUAAGGCCUUAGUUCAAUUAGUAGUCAUUAAUAUCAACUAUGCAGAUAUAAGUAUUCUUCUAAGUUCCAGUAUUAUGUACACUGCUGUCCCUGCUGUCCCAUUAACAAAUGUUAAACGUUUACCCAAAGAAAUGUGGCAUAAUAUUUUUUGAGGUCUGUACUAAAAAGGUUGGGUUUUUGUUUGUUUUUUUUUCAACAUGAAGAAUGAACUUUUGUAUUUUAAAAGGAGGGGGAAAAAGAAACCCUUUCACUGGUACAAAGCCUAAUGUCAAAAUUAUCGUGAAAAGUGCUUUAGGAGGGUGACUAAAAUCUCCUAUUCAUUGAUGGCAGGUUUGAUCCUGAGAGCUUUUUAGAUAGGUGCAUGAUAUUCAGCUCUGCAGAACUGGACCAAGAAGCCACAGCAGUGCACGUCUAACAUACCAGUUACAUUGGGGGUUGGGGGAAUAAAUGUCCUUGCAACUGAAACAGGUUCAAGAAAGUCCAAUGUCCAAUUUGAUGACUGUUUUUAACCAAGCAAUCUUAGCUAAUGGGUGGCUGGAUCUCCAUAAGUGGCAUCUUCCCUGAAUAAAAGAUGAACAGUGAUCCCUGUUUCUCUCUCAUCAGCUCCUGUGUUGUACUUGUUACAGCAGAACAGUUUGGCUCGGAGUCAACUGCUACAGCAAGCAUGUUUUAAAGUUAGUAUUUCUAGUUUGCUAUAGCAAGCAGUGCAGUUAUGUUGCAUAUGUUCUCAAGAUUUUAUGCUGGGUUUAGAUAGGAGCUGUUUUUAAAAUACUUUGGGCUCUUGGUUUAAAAUAGCAAGCUACAUUACUCCUGUCCCCUUUCAAAAAGUCUCCGGAGAAAUGUUGUAUUUUAGCAGUUGAAUUAGUCUCCCCCCCCCCAAGGGUGAUGUUUAGAAUGCAUUUCAUGGAUUCACCCUUUGAAUGCUGGCAUUUUCUAGGCCACUAAUCAAGCAGAUUCCUACUUUAGGAGGGCAUCUGUAUAAUUUUAUAACUUGCGUAGAAAGAUAAAAAGCACUGUGCUAAAACUCUUCCUUGUAAACAGACAUUUGGGCCCCUUUACCACUGCCUAGUGAAGGGAUUUGCUCCGACAACAGAGCUUCCAAUCUUAAAAGCUGCUUUUACAUCCAUUUGCAACAAGUCCUCCCAGUGAAAGGGUUUAAGCAGAAGUAUCCAUUGUAUUUGUUGUCACAAUAAAAUGCACAUUUUUCCAAUUUUGGAAAGUUAACCAGCUGAAUUGUAGCUAGCUUACUGGUUCUCUUGAGAAUGGAGGAAGCACUAUAAAGUGAGGGACUUAAGGGGCCUUUUCAUGGUUGCUUCCUGCCUGUUGGUGUCAAGUUUUAAAUGAAAAAUUGGCAAAGUGCUUAUUUUGUCUCUAACUUAAAUUCCUAAACCAAAACUGAACCAAUACUCAGAUCCUGCGUAGUCCUCCUUAAUGUCAAGAAAGGGAAUGUCCAAUUCCUAUGAGGUGGCAAAUGUGCUAAAAUAAGUUACUUUUUUUUUUCUAAUUUUUUAUUUUCAUUUUGCCUAGCAAGAAUUCAUAGGAGGUCACCUUGUUCCUUUGUUACCUGCAUAUUUAAGAACAUGGCGAAGAACCCUUGACUUAGUGACCUGGAGAAAAUCCAAACAGCCAUGUGCUCACUUGAUCUCUCCAGACUACUCCACUGUAUAAUGUUCCCCGUGUGACAAGCAUAUACAGCUGCUCUCAAGGGGAGGGACCUGGAUAACCAAAUACAGCUACUUUUUGGUAACUAGCACAAAUUACUUUGGCUUGGGUUUUUAGGGAGCUGUAUUCCACUAACUUGAAGGGAUACUGUAUUUUAAACAAGUGACUUUUUUGAUUGGUUUUUCUCUCCUUAUAAAACUGGACCUGAAUUACAAGUUUUGAUUUUUUUCUUCAUUUUGUAAUAAUCUCAGGACCUGAAAGAUUGUAGCAUUUAGUGUGUCUUAAAAAUGAUGUACUGUACCAGCCAUGGAUUUUGUAAAUACACCCACCUCCCUCUUUGUAUUUUAGUUUAUUUUAAAGCAUACGGCUCUUUGCCAGAGGAACUGGUGCCUGGUUAACUUCCAUUGUGAACUAAAGUAAGAAAAUGAGGGAGCUGCUGCCACAAAAGCUUGCACCAUAUAUUGAACAUAUGCACCAUAUACUGUUGUGACACUUUUUUUUUAAUAGAGGCUAGCCAUUUUACUGGAAAGUCUGUGUCCCAUGUCCCUGUUGCCCUCUCCCCUCCCCGCCGCAUUCCCAGACAUGGCUGACAAAGUUCUAUCCACCAGGGAGACUCCUGAUGUAAAGCUGGAGAGCUUUAAUGCUUGAUGUCUUCACUUCUUUCCAAAUAUUCAGGUUGACUGUCCUGCACUUUGCACACCAGGUCUGGUUCUGGACAAAUCCAUGUAUCUGACAUUCUGCAAGAAUACCUGAAAAAAAUUGUUUAAUUACUCUUUAUCAGAAUUUCAUUGAUCAAAAAAAGAUAGAGCAGAGAUAUGCAGAAGUUCAUUCUCAUAGAUCUUUGUGGAUUUACUGUACUGACCUUGCAAGAUUUCAGGAAAGGUGUGUGUUUGUUUUCAUUUUUCUUCCCUCCCUUCCCUCCCCCCCAUAUUUUAAUAAAUGGGGUGCAAAGAUUUUCUGGCAACAGACUUGCUCUGAGAUUCCAAGUGUAACUAGCAGACCUGUGUUCUACAGUAGGAGCCUUAUUCAGUUCAGCGUAGACAUUUCCUGUUCUUAAUUGUGACAGGACUCUUUCAUGAGUGUACUUUUUCUUUUUGUAUGUGUUCUGUGUCUGUGCUGUAUUAAAUAAAGAGGAAUGUACAUAUUA